GUGGUUCUCCAAACUUGCACCUUUUAUGGAGAAACAAAAGCCAAGUUCUUUGAAUCUUCUUCUCUUGCUUCUUUGGGAUGUCUCUGAUCUCCUGUGAGUCAAGAACCAUAAAAGCAUGUAAGCAGUGUAGCAGUCUUUUUGCGUUUAAUACUUUGCAAGUUUGAAGUUCAUUACAAAGCCAUCACAUCCAUUACUUGCCUAGUGAUUCAGAACCACGGUGCCCUUUUCAGAAGAUUUGGUGGGGGUUCCACUCUUUAGUUUCACAUCCUAUUUUGGAUGACAAAGAUUAAUCAAAUGUAAGGUUGCUUUCUUUGUUCGAGUAUGUUAACCUGAGCUGAUGCUGGAGGAUAAAGAUGGGGAGUUUUCAUCUACAAUGCUUCAUAGUUCGAGAGUGACUUGGGGAAUGCUCUGGUGAAUAUGGCCAGUACAAAUUCUGUCAUUGUAGGUGACAUUCUGCCUCUUCGCACUCCAAUUGCAGCUGGAUUUCCUAUCCUUUUGACUCUGCGGGAAUCUGGAUGCCCUGCUACUGAUGCAGAUGAUCAUAUAGUUGAUCAAUUGGGGUUCUUAGGCUCUUCUCCAAUGUCCACUGCCCCGCAACCGAACGAUUUGGGGGAUGUUUCCGGAGGUUGUUUGAAUUUCUCUGGUAAUGCUGAGUUUCAAGAUCAGCUAGCAGGAGCAAUUCCUAUUGCUUCUGUUUCUCCAGUGAAUGCAAAAGAUUCAGCAUUUUCAGCCCCUCAGUUCCAGCAAUUAGGGACUUUUAGAACUCGCUUCGAACACAGUUCCUCUAAUGCUUCGAACUCUUCAUUUGCAAGUUCUCUAAACUGUGAAGGUGACGAGUCUCUAUGUAAUGCAAAUAACGAGUGGGAAAACGGUCAUUUUCUUUAUAAUCAGCCAAUUGCUAGGGAUAAUCCAGUAAGAUCAGAUUUCCAGACCAUUUCAUCGAUGGAGAACCUGGUUCAGAAUGGCUGGAUGCCAUCCAACACUAUGAACUCCAAGUUAUGGAAUGAGCUUUCUCUGAGUCUUGCCACAUCCGAACCUGUGAUCGUUGGAGGAACCAAUUUCCUGGACCAGUAUUCACAGUUGACUUUUCCUGGUGCUACUCAGCCUUGCUUGAACAACACAGAAUUAGCCUGCAACUCCAUGGAUCUCUCUCUAAGUUACAAUUAUGGUAGUAGUCCUGUUCAUCCCUCUCAAGCAAUAUCAGGAUCAAGAUAUCUUUCCGUCAUUCAGGACAUACUUUCCCAAAUUGCAAGCUAUCCACUGGAAAGUUCAGAUCAAGUUAGCCAUUCAUCAACCACAGUUGGAUUUGUGCCAUUCUCAUCAAGUUCCCUGGAGACUCAAUGGCCGAAAUCAUCUGGUGAUGCCAAGAGAUCCCAUCUGUUGACUUUACAACAACUGAUUGAUGAGAGGUACACUCAAUGCUUGGACGAGAUUCAUACUGUUACAUCUGCAUUUCAUGCUGCCUCCAAUUUGGAUCCUCGCUUGCAUUCUCAUUAUACUUACCAGACAAUCACUUCUGUGUAUAAAAGCCUGAGGGAGAAGAUUACUAAUUGUAUCCUUGCAAUGGGAAUGCAUUCUAACACAGUCUGCACCAAGGAGAAGGAAAAGUCCUUCGAGACAACGUUCAUUCGGAAGCAGUGGGCUCUCCAGCAGUUGAAAAGGAAAGAUAAUCAAUUAUGGAGGGCACAGAGAGGCUUGCCUGAAAACUCUGUCUCAGUUCUAAGGGCGUGGAUGUUUCAGAACUUUCUCCAUCCGUACCCCAAGGACACAGAGAAGCACUUACUUGCAGUAAAAAGUGGAUUAACCAGAAAUCAGGUAUCUAAUUGGUUUAUCAAUGCACGUGUCCGGUUGUGGAAACCGAUGAUCGAAGAAAUGUAUGCUGAAAUGAGCAGAAGAAAAUCCUUUCAAAAUGAUUUAGGAUGAUUCGAAAGAAUUCGCCCGUCUGAGGUAAGCAUCAGCAGCGAGAAGAUGUAGCUUGAAC